AUGAGAAGGGCAAAACUAAGGGCAGAGGCACUUCAACUGCAGGAAUGGGAGGGAGAGGCACUUGCUCCAAAUGUAGGAUUGGGAGGGAGAGACACUGCUCCAACUGUAGGAAUGGGUAAGAGAAGCUUAGUUCCAAGUGUACAAAUGGGAGGGACAAACUGCCAACCAAGUGCAACCCAACCUAUAGUUUUUGUGUUUGCAAGUGGAACACAGGUUGAGUCAGUGGUUAUCUGUCAAUCCCCAAAGUUCAAAUCACUUGCAAAGAUGGCAAAGCCUUGGAGGCCAUGA